GUUAUGUCCACAGGUCUUCGUGUCCCCGUGGUGUGGCCCAUCUGUUUCCUCUGCUGAUAAUGAACAUGUGUAAAACCUACGGAGCUGAGAGGAGAUAUGGGCUUUUUCAUUCUUUAAUGUAUGCUAUGCUCUUGGGCUUCAGCGGUGAAGUUUCUGGUUCAUGUCUUGUGUGUUCAGCCACGCUCCCUGCAAGCCCCAGAUGGAAAUAAUACACUUUUUCUGCAUUCGUUUCUAGUGUCUGUUCUUUACUUUUAUUUACUGGAAAAGUCCCCAAAAGAAAUAGGCUGUGCACAACAGGAUGCAGGAAGCAAGCAGUGCAUGUUCACACUGAUAAAACAGCAUGUUGUUUGGAAACUUUAUCAUCAAUCUAUAAUGUGUCUGCGGGCCAUUUGUUUGAUUCAAAGCUUUGGUUUUGGUUAAAUCCUUAAAUCUCCAUCCCACUCAAACGCCUUCAAAUGACUUUAAUUCCUUACUUUUCAUGGUGCAAAGCUAACCGUUGUUUACCGUGUGCACGGCCGUCACCCACCGCGCUCCAGGCUGGGAAUGUGGAUGUUGGAAGUGGCUGGCCUCCAAUAGAGGGCACAGUUGACUGCGUGGACACGCUCCUAGUGCAACUGAGAGGCAAAAGUGAAAAAUGCAAUCUGUGUAUAUGAUGCAAAGACAAUGUGACUGGUAACAGGCAUGUUUUUUUUCUCUUCUUAUCUUAAACAGAAGGGGCUAUUUUCGUUUGGAAAGAAAGCAAAGGAGCAUUAAUCCGUCAUAAAACCCUCUGGUUUACCGAACAUUAAAGAACUUUCUUUCGUUGAAAAACAUGUUACUAACUAACUUCCGCACACAGCAGCUCUGAAAAGCCCACAAGACUAUUGUGGAAGCGGUUGGAAUUGGAGAAAGGAAGGAGGAGUAGUGGCUUCAGCCGCCUUUACAUCAAUUCCACUCCUCCUUUAUGUCCUUUCUUUAUUUCCCCUUUUCUUUCUCGCAUGCCCUUGACUAAAGAUUGAAUGACAGAGUCGGAGAUAGAUUGUCGGGCCGGUCGCCUUUCAUGUAGAUAAUGCCAUUCGCUGGAGGCAGGUUUUUGAUGUGCUCCGGGUAUAAUAGAAGAAUCAGACAUCGAAGGCCGGUGCUGAUUUUGCUCGGAGGAAAGCUGUCCUCGGUGAUAACUUCAUCACGGCAUGUGGUCCAACGUGGACUAAAUUCAGGGAGGGGAUUAGAAAGAAAUGUGCCCAGUCAGAGCUGCAGCAGUUGGCCCCCUGUUGAGGCUGUGAGGCCUGCCGACCAUCGCUUGAAGGUCUGUGAUCUUCCAUUGGUAUUGUUGGUCCUCUCUUCUCUCUCUCCCCCCCCCUCUCCCUCAGAAGCCAAAUGACUCUGCCUCAAAAUGCUUUCUAGUGGGAUUAGCAGACCGUCGCUUUUGUAAUUAAUGAAACUUUGCCGUGCGCGGUCCAUCCUCUAAACGCUGCCAUUGAAGCCUUUGUGAGAUAGGGUCUCGUUGUUUUUCUUCAAACACAAAGCUAAUGUGGUUUUGGUUCAAGGCCGGAGACGGAAAGCGGCCCGGAGGGCAACCGUACGUAUCUUGAGUAUCUUGUACGUGUCUUAACUGGAACGCAUCAGGAUGAAGUUCUGCUCUGCGUGUGAGACCAGCCUAUCAGAGGCCCCGUGUUAAUAUGACACAUUAUGGAGACGGCAUGUGAAAAUGAUAUGCAUCAGAGCGGCGUCUCUUAGUGGUCGGGGUCGAUGCAACUCAGAUUGUGCGAAUGCACUGUGCUUGGAACGGAUCGGCUCCACUGCACACGAAUCAAGCUUCACACCCAACAGAUGUGCAACAUUUAAACCUGAACAAGUCGUUUAGGGCGGUCUUGUUCAACAGUAACAAUUAACAGCUCGGAUAAACCUCCGCCGUUAGUCUUCUGCGAGAAAUAACACAUUUAUUUACCCCCCCUUUGUCAGAACGAAGGUGAGAAACUGGAGAGUUAGCCAAUUACGUGGCAGCACGCGCCCAUAGGUGCGCUUAAUGAGCAGUUUCCCGCUACAAAAGAGAGGAGGGGCGCGCGAGCUGGAGAACAGGGCACGUGUGUUCCGGGGCUGCUGUAGAAAUAAUAAUUUCUCUUAUUGUAUUGAAUUUUACGGAAAUGUUAAGUGUAAGGGACCGAUAGAGGACUGCACACUUGAUUCGUUCGUCAUUAAACCGAUGCAGGCAUUGAUAUUCCGUUUCAGUCCUUUCCCCCCUCGUCUAACGAUGGAACUACUUUUGUCCCGACGUGCCGCUACCCGCAUGUUGCCCACCGGCUGGAGGUCACAGCAGACACCUCCUUCGUGUUAACGGGGCCGCUGCUCCCCCGCGGCGCCGACGGGGCAGACCGGAGGAAGCGACGGGAUGUGCGCAGUUCAUCAGCUGACACGCGCGUAACGGAGCGAAGAGCGCAGUCCGAAGCGGCUGGUGAGCCUCCGCGUCCUCGGCGACUCACUUCUUUCUCCAAAACACACAACGACAAAACACCCUGCGCCACUGCCGGGCGACGGGGAACGCGGCUGUGACGCCUCCCGUUAAAAAAGAAAAAAAAAAGAAGAGGAGGAGGAGGAGGAGGAGGCGGGAAGCUGCAUCUGUGGAAGGAUCCGAGCAGCUGAGGCACGAGGACCGAUUUCCGAGCGGAGGCACGUUUCCACGCGGAGCUGCCAGCCGACGCCGCAGUCCUUUAACCGACGUGGCCCGGGCCGAGAGGGGCUUCCUGGAGAAGGGAGGAGAGGGGGGGGGGGGGGGGCAGGUUCCGUAAAGGCAUCCGUGGAGAAGAAUUUGUUUGGACCGUGCCAAACUCGCAAGUUGUUGGAGUAAAGCGACGAAGCGCGGCGCGGGAAGUUGGUGUUCCGGACCGGUCUCGAGGAGCUCCACGCAGGUGGAGCGAGCGGAGGCCCGAGUGGACGGAAGGAGAGGCCCACUGAGGAGACAACGUUUGAGAGGGGGAGGGGGGUGUGGGAGUGUGAAUCGGCGCAGAAUCCUGCCGCGGUGAAAGGGGGGAGGGUGUUGGACCCCCAGCAUGCAGGCAGCAUGGAACGGGUGAGGGAGCAGCGGCCUUUCUGCUCGCUGUCCAAGAGCCAGAGAGACCGAGAGAGAUUCUGCGAGCGGGACGCGGAUCGGGAGCGCCGCUACACCGCGUCCUCGGCCGAGCGGGACGACCCCGCCUCCGCCUGCCGCGUACCCACGCAGCAGUCCUACAGCUCCAGCGAGACGCUGCAGGCCUUCGACCAUGACCCCUCACGGAUGCUUUUCGGGGGCCGGGUCAAGGAGUUGGUGCACAAGGAGAGUGCAGAGUACAGCAGGCCAGGGCAGACGUUUUCGCUGAGGCAGCUGGGAAUAUGCGAGCCCUCCUCCGCCCGCCGGGGCCUGGCGCUGUGCCCCGAGACGGGCCUCUCCCACCCGCUCAGCGGCUACCCCAGGGGCCCGGGCGCCUCGGAGAACCACCAACCCGCCUCGCCGGAACGCACCAUGGCCCUCUGGGGGACAGGGGGGGGCGGCAAGUCGGGGCGGGAUUCGUGCCUCUCCAGCCGCUCCAACUCGGCGCUCACGCUCACCGACACCGAGAUGGACAAUAAGUCGGACAACGAGAUGGGCGACCACCUUUCCAGCCAGCAAGGCCCGCCUCCUCUGCCGCCGGCCCCGCCCCCGCACAAGCACCACCCGUCCGUCACGUCCCUGAGCCGGAGCUCGCUGGCCAACCGGAGGAGCCCGAGCCCGCCGCCCACAGCCGGCCUGGCGACCGACUUGCACAGCGCGGCGGCGGAAUGCGUCCAGCUGCAGGACAGCUGGGUCCUGGGCAGCAAUGUGGCCCUGGAGAGCAGGCACUUCCUUUUUAAGACGGGCACGGGGACGACCCCUUUCUUCGGCGCGGCGGCCCCCGGUUACACCAUGGCGACGGGGACGGUUUACUCCACACCGGCGCGUCCGUUGCCCAGAAACACUCUGUCCAGAGGGGCCUUCAAGUUCAAGAAGUCACCUAAGCACUGCUCCUGGAAGUGCACCGCCCUGGUCGCCGUGGGGAUAGCUGUGGUCCUGUCCAUCAUUCUCAGCUACUGCAUUGCAAUGCACCUUUUCGGCCUCAAUUGGCAGCUCCAAGAGUUGGACAACCAGCCGGCUUUCGAAAACGGAGGCGUUGGGAAGUCGGGUCCGACUCAGUCCAGCAGUGUGACGUCUCUGGCUGCUGACGGGAGGAGCGGCGUGCUCCACCAGGAGAACAACUCCAUCGAUACGGGACAGGUGGACGUGGGGAAGAGGGCGGCUCAGAGUGUCCCGCCGGGGGUCUUCUGGCGUUCUCACCUCAGCGUGGAGCAGCCGCGCUUCCUGAAGUUCAACAUCUCGGUCCAGAGGAACGCGCUGGUGGGAGUCUACGGACGGAAGGGUCUCGCCCCGUCUCACACCCAGUACGACUUUGUGGAGCUGUUGGACGGAAGCCGGCUCAUCGCCAAAGAGCACCGGACCCCGACGGAACCGGAGCCCAGGAGCCGGCCCGAUCACCCGGUCACCGUCCACCAGGCCGGCUUCAUCCAGUACCUGGACUCGGGGGUGUGGCACCUGGCGUUCUACAACGACGGCCGGAGCGCUGAGACGGUGUCCUACAACGCCAUCGUCCAGGAGUCCGUCACGGAGUGCACGCACAACUGCUACGGGAACGGAGAGUGUGUGGCCGGGUCGUGCCGCUGCUUCCCAGGAUUCAUCGGGCCCUACUGUUCCAGAGCCGCCUGCCCGGUGCUGUGCAGCGGCAACGGCCAGUACACCAGGGGGCGCUGUCAGUGCUACAGCGGCUGGAAGGGCACCGAGUGCGACGUUCCCGCCUCGCAGUGCAUCGACCCGCAGUGCGGGGGUCACGGGCUCUGCGUGGCGGGCAACUGCGUGUGCAACGGCGGCCACAAGGGACCCGGCUGCGAACAAGUGGACUGCUCGGACCCGGCGUGCUCCGCCCACGGGGCCUGUCACCACGGCGAGUGCCACUGCAACCCGGGCUGGGGGGGGACCAGCUGCGAGAUCCUGAAGAGCACUUGUCCGGAGCAGUGCUCCAGCCACGGCACCUUCAACACCGACUCGGGGACCUGCGUCUGCGAGGCCAACUGGACGGGGGCCGACUGCUCCAUCGAGGUGUGCGCGGUGGACUGCGGCCCCCACGGCUUGUGCAUCGGCGGCGCGUGUCACUGCGAGGAAGGCUGGACGGGACCGGAAUGCGAGCAGAGGGACUGUCACCCGCGCUGCAUCGACCACGGAGUGUGCCGGGAGGGCAAGUGUGACUGCCACCAGGGCUGGACGGGCGAGCACUGCACCAUCGCCCUGGAUUCCAGAGUAUCAGGAGCAGUCAAGAUAGGAUAUAAAGACGGCUGCCCGGGGCUGUGCAACAACAACGGGAGGUGUAUCCUGGACCAGAACGUCUGGCACUGCAUCUGCCAGUCGGGCUGGAGGGGGCUGGGAUGCGACGUGGCCACCGAGACGCUCUGCUCGGACGGCAAGGACAACGAGGGAGAUGGACUGGUGGACUGCAUGGACCCGGACUGCUGCGCUCAGAUCGCCUGCCAGGGUCAGACCUACUGUCGCGGCUCGCCCGACCCCGCUGCCGCUGCCACCGCCGGCCAGGGUCCGGGUUCAAGCCCCCGGCCCCCGUACAGGGGCUUCUACGAGCGCGUCAGGUUUUUGAUCGGCCCCGGGGGCAGUCACGUGAUCGCCCGGGACAACCCGUUCAACAGCAGCCUGGCGUCGGUCAUCCGGGGUCAGGUCCUCACUGGAGACGGGACGCCGCUGAUCGGAGUCAACGUGUCCUUUCUGCACUACCCGGACUACGGAUACACCGUCACGCGGCAGGACGGCAUGUUCGACCUCCUGGCCAACGGCGGCGCCUCGCUGACGCUGAGCUACGAGCGCGCCCCCUUCCCCGCGCUGCGGCGCACCGUGUGGCUCGCCUGGAACGUGUUCCACGUCAUGGACACGGUGGUGAUGAAGCGGGAGGAGAACGACAUCCCCAGCUGCUACCUGACCGGCCUGGCCCGGCCCAACCCCCUGGUCCUGGCCACGCCCCUCUCCACUCUGUACAAGACGUCCCCGGAGGACAGUCCCGUCAUCCCCGAGACGCAGGUCCUCCAUGAGCAAGUCGCCAUACCCGGCAGUGACCUCAACCUGGUCUACCUGAGUUCCAGGGCGGCCGGCUACAAGCCCAUCCUCAAGGUGCUCCUGACCCACGACCGCCUCCCCUUCGGCCUGAUGAAGGUCCACCUCAUGGUGGCCGUCAUGGGCCGCCAGUUCCAGAAGUCUUUCCCGGCCUUCCCCGACCUCUCGUACACUUUCAUCUGGGACAAAACGGACGCCUACAAUCAGAAGGUGUUUGGCCUGGCGGAGGCUGUGGUGUCAGUGGGGUACGAGUACGAGUCCUGCCUCGACGUGGUGCUGUGGGAGAAGAGGACGGCGGUGCUGCAGGGCUACGAGCUGGAUGCCUCCAACAUGGGCGGGUGGAUGUUAAACCAGCACCACGCGCUGGACGUCCAGAACGGCAUUCUCUACAAAGGCAGCGGGGAGAACCAGUUCAUCUCGCUGCAGCCCCCCGUGAUCUCCACCGUCAUGGGCAACGGGCGGCGCCGGAGCAUCUCCUGCCCCAGCUGCAACGGGCAGGCCCAGGGCAACAAGCUGCUGGCGCCGGUGGCCCUGGCGUGGGGCAUCGACGGGAGCCUCUACGUGGGAGAUUUCAACUACGUCCGCCGCAUCUACCCGUCGGGCAACGUCACCAGCAUCAUGGAGCUCAGAAAUAAAGACUUUAAACACAGCAACAACCCGGCGCACCGCUACUACCUGACAACCGACCCGGUGAGCGGGCAGCUGUACGUGUCGGACACAAACUCCCGACGGAUCUAUCGACCCAGGAGCUUGAGCGGGACCAAGGAGCUGCAGUCCAACGCCGAGGUGGUGGCCGGAACCGGGGAGCACUGCCUGCCCUUUGACGAGAACCACUGCGGCGACGGGGGCAAAGCGCCCGAGGCCUCGCUCACCGGACCCAAAGGCAUCGCCGUGGGCAAGAACGGACUGAUAUAUUUCGUCGACGGCACCACGAUCAGAAAGGUGGACCAGAACGGCAUCAUCUCCACGUUCCUCGGCUCCAACGACCUGACGUCCGCUCGCCCUCUGACCUGCGACCACAGCAUGGACGUCAACCAGGUGAUUCUGGAGUGGCCCACUGACCUCGCCGUCAGCCCCAUGGACAACUCGCUGUACGUCCUGGACAACAACAUCGUGCUGCGCAUCACGGAGAGCGGCCAGGUGAGCAUCACCGCCGGCCGGCCCCCCCACUGCCCGCUGGCCGGCCUGGAGCGCGGCGCCGCCGGAGGCCAGAGGGCCCAGUUGACCCCCCUGGAAUCGGCCGUCUCCAUCGCCGCGUCGUACCACGGCGGCGUUUACAUAGCGGAGACGGACGAGCGGAAGAUGAGCCGGAUCCGGAAGGUGUCGGCGGACGGCGAGAUGACGCACCUGGCCGGCUCGCCCUCCGACUGCGAUUGCAAGAACGACGCCAACUGCGACUGCUACCAGACGGGGGACGGCUACGCCAAGGACGCCAGGCUCAACGCGCCGUCCUCCCUGGUGGCGGCUCCCGACGGGACGCUCUACGUGGCCGACCUGGGCAACAUCCGCAUCCGGGCCAUCUCCAGAAACGGGCCGACCCCCGUGGCCAACACGUACGAGGUGGCCUCGCCCGACGCCCAGGAGCUGUACGUCUUCGACGCCAACGGCACCCACCAGCACACGGCCAGCCUGCUCACCGGCGACCCCAAGUACACCUUCAGCUACAGCACGGAGAACGACGUCACCGCGGUGACCGACAGCAGCGGCAACACCCUGCGGAUCCGCAGGGACCCCAACCGCACGCCGGUGCGCGUUGUCGCCCCCGACAACCAGGUGAUCUGGCUGAGCAUGAGCACCAACGGCGGGCUGAAGACGUUGACGGCGCAGGGCCAGGAGCUGGUGCUGCUCACCUACCACGGCAACAAUGGCCUGCUGGCCACCAAGACGUCGGAGAUCGGCUGGACGACGUUCUACGAUUACGACAGCGAGGGGCGGCUGAUGAACGUGACGUUCCCCACCGGCGUGGUAAACAACUUGUACGCAGACAUGCACAGCGCUCUGACGGUGGACAUUGAAAGCUCCCUGACGGAGGAGGAAAUCAGCAUCACCACCAACGCCUCCGCCCUGCGCUCCUUCUACACUCUGGCUCAGGACCAGUGUAGGAGCGUCUAUCAGGUGGGCUUCGACAACUCGCUGAGGAUCACGUACGCCAACGGGAUGGACACCCACUACCAGACGGAGCCGCACAUCCUGACGGGCGCCGCCAACCCCACCGUUGCCAGGCGCAACAUGAGCCUGCCGGGGGAGGGCGGGCAAAACUUGGUGGAGUGGCGCUUCCGCAAAGAGCAAGCCCGGGGGAAGGUCAUCGUGUUCGGACGCAAGCUCAGGGUGAACGGACGGAACAUCCUCUCUGUCGAUUACGAUCGCACCCUGAGGACAGAGAAGAUUUACGACGACCACAGGAAGUUCCUCUUAAAGAUUAUAUACGACACGGCGGGCCACCCGGUGCUCUGGGUGCCCAGCAGCAAGCUGCUGCCGGUCAACGUGAGCCGCACCAGCAGCGGGCAGAUCAGCGCCCUGCAGAGAGGCCCCACCACCGAGAGGCGGGAGUACGACGGCCAGGGCCGCCUGGCCUCCCGCGCCUUUGCCGAUGGGAAGAUAUGGAGCUACACCUACCUGGAGCAGUCCAUGGUUCUCCUGCUCCACAGUCAGCGGCAGUACAUUUUCGACUUCGACUCCCUGGACCGCCUCUCCGCUGUCACCAUGCCGAGCGUCGCCCGCUACACCAUGCAGACCAUCCGCUCGGUGGGCUACUACAGGAACCUGUACCACCCCCCGGAGAGCAACGCCUCGGUGGCGGUGGACUACAGCGAGGACGGCCUCCUGCUGAGAGUAGCGCACCUGGGCACGGGCCGCAGGGUCCUGUACCGCUACCGCCGGCAGAACAAGCUGUCGGAGAUCCUGUACGACAGCACCAGGGUCAGCUUCACCUACGACGAGACGGCCGGCGUGCUGAAGACGGUCAACCUGCAGAGCGAGGGCUUCAUCUGCUCCAUCCGCUACCGCCAGGUGGGCCCCCUGGUGGACCGGCAGAUCUUCCGCUUCAGCGAGGAAGGCAUGGUCAACGCGCGCUUCGACUACACCUACGACAGCAGCCUGCGCGUCACCAGCGUGCAGGGCGUCAUCAACGAGACGCCGCUGCCCAUUGACCUCUACCAGUUCGACGACAUCUCCGGGAAGGUGGAGCAGUUCGGGAAGUUCGGCGUGAUCUACUACGACAUAAACCAGAUCAUAUCCACCGCGGUCAUGACCUACACCAAGCACUUCGACGCGCACGGCCGCAUCAAGGAGAUCCAGUACGAGAUCUUCCGCUCGCUCAUGUACUGGAUCACCUUCCAGUACGACGACGCCGGGCGGGUCAUCAAGCGCGAGAUCAAGAUCGGCCCCUUCGCGAACACCACCAAGUACAACUACGAGUACGACGUGGACGGCCAGCUGCAGACGGUGUACCUCAACGAGAAGGUGAUGUGGCGCUACACCUACGACCUCAACGGGAAUCUGCACCUGAUCGCGGGAAACGGCGCCAGGCACCUCCCCCUGCGCUACGACCUGAGGGACCGCAUCACCCGCCUCGGGGACAUCCAGUACCGGAUGGACGAGGACGGCUUCCUGCGCCAGCGCGGGGCGGAGAUCUUCGAGUACAACUCCAAGGGGCUCCUGGUGCGGGUGUACAGCAAGAGCAGCGGCUGGACCCUCCAGUACCGCUACGACGGGCUCGGGCGCAGGGUGUCCACCAAGACCAGCCUGGGACAACACCUGCAGUACUUCUACGCCGACCUGAGCUACCCGGCCAGGAUCACGCACGUGUACAACCACUCCAGCUCGGAGAUCACCUCGCUCUACUACGACCUCCAGGGCCACCUGUUCGCCAUGGAGAUCAGCACCGGCGAGGAGUUCUACAUCGCCUGCGACAACACCGGCACGCCGGUGGCGGUGUUCACCAGCAACGGGCUGCUGGUCAAGCAGCUGCAGUACACGGCGUACGGCGAGGUCUACUUCGACUCCAACCCGGACUUCCAGCUGGUGCUCGGGUUCCACGGGGGCCUCUACGAGCCGCUGACCAAACUGCUGCACUUUGGCGAGCAGGAUUAUGACAUCAUGUCCGGGAGGUGGACCGUCCCCGACGUCUCCGCGUGGCAGAGGGUCGCCAAGGAGCCCGCUCCUUUUAACCUGUACAUGUUCAGAAGUAACAAUCCAAUCAGCAAAGUCCAUGAGCUGAGGGAGUACGUUGCAGAUGUGAACAGCUGGCUUGUUACCUUCGGCUUUCACCUUCACAACACCAUUCCUGGAUAUCCAGUCCCAAAGUUCGACUUAAGCGUGCCCUCCUAUGAGCUGAGGAAGAGCCAGCGCUGGGACGACCUGCCGUCCAUCUCCGGGGUCCAGCAGGAAGUGAGCAGACAGGCGCGCUCUCUGCUGUCGUUCGAGCGGCUGCCGGAGGUCCGUCUCCGCCGAGGUCGCCGGGGUGAGAAGUCCUGGCUGUGGUUCUCGGCGGCGAUGUCCCCCAUCGGCAGGGCCGUCAUGUUUGCCGUCUACAAGGGCAGCGUCCACACGCACGCGCUCAACGUGGCCAGCGAGGACUGCGUCAAGGUGGCGACCAUCCUCAACAACGCCUUCUACCUGGAAGACCUCCACUUCACCGUGGAGGGGCGGGACACGCACUACUUCGUCAAGCCGGGCCUCCCGGACGCCGACCUGGCCGCUCUGCACCUCACCAGCGGGCACAAGACGCUGGAGAACGGCGUCAACGUGACCGUCUCCCAGUCCACCACGGUGAUGGACGGCCGGACGCGGCGCUUCGCCGACGUGGAGGUCGGCGCCGGCGCCCUGGCUCUGCACGUCCGCUACGGGUCCACCGUGGACGAGGAGAAGGCGCGGGUGGCGGAGCUGGCGCGGCAGCGCUCCCUGGCCGGCGCCUGGGCCCGGGAGCAGCGGCGGGUGCGGGAGGGCGAGGAAGGGGUGCGCCCCUGGACAGAGGGCGAGAAGAGGCAGCUCCUGAGCGGCGGGAAGGUCCUGGGCUACGACGGGUACUACGUGCUCUCCAUCGAGCAGUACCCGGAGCUGGCGGACAGCGCCAAUAACAUUCACUUCCUUCGGCAGAGUGAGAUCGGGAAGAGGUAACAAUGCGCGGCACAUUUUCUGCCCAAAGGAGACGCGCGGACGGACUGAGGCGCAGCUGUGAGCGAGGGUCGCUGUGGACCCCGAGUGUCGUGUGUUUUUGUAAAAAAAAAAAAAAAAAAAGACAAAA